UGGAAUUGUUCUCAGAUGCAUCAGGUUCGUGUGGAUAUGGCAGGAAAGGCUCACAGACUCAGUGGAGAGGAGCGAGAUCAGCUCCUGCCUAACCUGAGGGCAGUUGGGUGGAAUGAAUUGGAUGGCAGAGAUGCAAUUUGCAAAGAAUUCCAUUUCAAGGACUUCAACAGGGCUUUUGGAUUCAUGACCAGAGUUGCAUUACAAGCUGAAAAGUUAGAUCACCACCCUGAAUGGUUUAAUGUCUACAAUAAGGUUCAUAUCACCCUGAGCACUCAUGAAUGUGGAGGUCUUUCCGAGAGGGAUAUUAACCUGGCCAGUUUUAUUGAGCAAGUUGCAGCCACUCUGUCUUAACAAGAGGUGGCAGCACUGCCAUGCAACUAGAUGUCCAAAGGAGGAAAAAGUCAAGGACUUGACGUGUUCCUGAUGUGAAUAUGGAAAUAUCCAUUCAUUACUUGUGUCUUUUUCAAGUAUAAAAAAGUAGCAUUUCUUAAGAUGUACUGCUAACAAUUGAAACAUUGCAACUAUGAUAAAAGCACUAAGUAAAACCUUAUUCACACAUCAGUGAUUUCCAUCAAUGAUUGUGAGCCAAAACCAGGACUGGACGCUUUACAGAGAUAAGGUAUAAGGGAAAGAUCUGCACCAGCUUUGUGUUUAGACCCACACCAGGUUCUAGCUCACAAUCACUGAUGGAAAUCACUGUCUGAACACUUACUGUGUGAAUAAGGCCUAAUUCUGUAUGCUAUCAAACUGACAAACUCUUCUUUAUGUAUAGAAACUUAGGGGGUCACCGCAAGUGGUUAUUAAGACAGGUGUUUUAGAUACUAGUUUUUUUAACCCCUUGCGGUGGAUCCGCCAAAGUUAUGUAGAGGCGCCGGCCUCUACAUAACUUUGGCGUAUCCACUGCCGGACUAAAUGUAAGCCAGCUUCCUUGCUGUCUUACAUUUAGACCAUUUUCUCUGCCAUAUCUGAUAGUAAAUGACCCCUUUAGUUUCCAUCAUCUCAUGUCCUAGAAGAAAACAAAUGUUUACUAGUGGUUCUCUAUGUAUAACAGUAUUACUAGACAUUUUAGAGUGACUGCAUAUUAUGUACUAUUGCAAUGUGUAAAACAAUUUAAUACAUUUAUUAUUUUU